CCCUCAAAAGCUUGGAAAACCUGAAAACGAAAGAACAGCCCAGCCUCGCGAGGCAAUCGGGUCAUCUUCCUCCUCGAAUCGGUUUCGUGCAUCUCUUCUGCUCGCUCUGCUCUGCCUCCGGGAACGAGAGACAAUGGAAGGAGAAGCAGAUCGAUCCGACGCCUCCGCAGACGCCUCCGCGCUGCGCAAGAAGCAUCUGGCGAUGCUCGAGCGCCUCUCCAACCGCCACCAAUCCCGCCCCGACAAGCCCGACCCGCCGCCCGCCUCCUCCUCCUCCUCCUCCUUCGAAUCCACAUCCUCCUUCCUCUCCCUCUUCGGCGAGUCCAGGCGGUCCAUCGAGUCCCGCCUCGCCCAGUGCCGCCUCGCCGACCCGUCCCUGCUCAAGCUCCAUUUCGACGAGAUCUCCGCCUCCAUCGCCGACCUCGAGAAGCUCGUCGCGGAGAGCUCCUACUACUUGCCCUCCUACGAAGUCCGGUCCUCUCUCAAGACCAUCUCCGAUCUGAAGCAGGCCCUCGACACUCUGAGCUCCGAGCUGAUCCCCAAGAAGAAGUUCUCUUUCAAGAACAAGCCCGCGAGAAAGGAACCGACGGCGCCCUCGCUGAAGGGAGCUGACGCGGAGAAUUGCGAUUCGAUGCCGGCCGCGAAAGGCGGGAGCUUGGCAGUCGCCGUGCCCGAUUCGCCGGGUUUUAGAAACAGGGCAAACGAGGUUUUGGCAAAGGACGUGAGGGGAUUGGAGGUCGGGGAGUUCACGCUGUCGGAUCUGGAGUCGUGCGAAGUGAGGCUGAUUGGGUGCGCGAGGGCGCUGUUCGUGCACAGGCUGAGGAAUUGCAGGGUCUACGCAGGGCCUGUGACCGGAUCAGUCCUGAUCGAGGAGGCGGAGAACUGCGUGUUCCUGCUGGCGUCGCACCAGAUAAGGAUCCACAACGCCAAGGCGAGCGAUUUCUACUUGAGGGUGAGGAGCAGGCCCAUCAUCGAGGAUUGCUCGGGGGUGAGGUUCGCGCCGUAUCGCCUCAAUUAUCGGGGAAUCGAGCGGGAUCUUGAGGACGCCGGACUCGGUGAAGAAGCCGGGAACUGGUCCAAGGUCGACGAUUUCAAGUGGUUGAGGGCCGCACAAUCUCCAAAUUGGUCCGUUUUGCCGGAGGACGAGCGCAUUGAAACUGUCGACAUCUCCGAUUUGUCUGCUUGAGAGAGGUCGCGACGGUGAGAGAUCGUGCCAAGAUUUCGGUGGGAGUUUUGUCUGUCUGUCUGUUCUGUUACCGGCUUAUGCCGAUUCGACUGAUCUUCAUCCUCUUCAUUUUUGCGGCUAUGUUGUUGAUGCCUGUGCUUGAUACCCUCUCGGGAGAGAAAUGCAUUUGUGUACCACCGACAAAAGCACCGACCAUCAUCUGCAUCACUCGGUUCCUGAAUCGGUCUUGCACUUAUGUUCGAAUCAUUCUCCAAUGCCAUGCAUUGCUUUCCAAGAGACA